AUGGGCAACGAAGGAAAUGGAGCGCCCGACGCUGGGCUGAGGAGCCUGAAUCACUGUAUGGAUACUGAUCUUUCCUGUCAAUUGCGCCCACUGGACCUGGUGACUGGGACCAUGUCGACUAUCCAUUGCUCACUCAGAUAUGCUGACUUGCCGCACCUCGUCAGACCAGAACAGACUCCCAGCAUGGCGAUACUGGCCACGACAGAAAAUCCUCCCUCUGAUCCGCUACGAGACGCCGUAUCUGGCGUGGCUCCAGGAGAGUAUCCGCACCCCGUCUCUCGAUUCCUACUUCGCCUUCACUGCCAAUCUCGGGACGCAUACUUUCUUUACAAUAUUCUUGCCGAUCCUGUUCUGGACAGGUCAUUGACACUUCAUGGCGCAACUAGGAUGGUCCAUGUCUUGGCAUCAGGUGUCUUCUUCAGCGGAUUCCUCAAAGACCUGCUCUGUCUUCCUCGGCCGCUGUCGCCUCCUCUGCAGCGGAUUACCAUGUCUGGCUCGGCCGCGUUGGAAUACGGUUUCCCGUCCACCCACUCCACCAAUGCCGUCUCCGUGGCCGUCUAUGCUCUUUCGCUUCUCCGUUCCCCGGAGAACACGCUCGCACCCACCGUGAAGCUGGCCCUGCAAGGAUUUCUCUAUCUCUACGCGGUAUCUAUUGUCGUCGGUCGCCUGUACUGUGGGAUGCAUGGGUUUCUCGAUGUCAUUGUGGGCUGCGGACUGGGCACCCUGAUUGCCUGGAUCCAGUGUCGCUAUGGAGAGAUGUACGAUGAAUAUUUGGCCUCGGCCACAGCGAAGGAGGUCUUCCUGAUCGUCCUCAUCGUCCUGGUUCUAGUUCGGAUCCAUCCGGAACCCGCCGACGACUGUCCCUGCUUUGACGAUAGCGUAGCGUUUGCCGGAGUUUUCAUGGGUGCUGAGGUGGGUUUUUGGCAUUAUGCACACACAAGCAUCGCGUGGUCCGAACCCACCCCUGGCACGAUUCCUUACCGACUCUCGAGCCUCGGCUGGUUCAAGACUAUAUUGCGUCUCGUUAUUGGCGUCUUGGCCGUCUUUGCUUGGAGAGAGGUGACGAAGCCGCUUCUGCUGCGCAUCCUGCCUCCCAUAUUUCGAGGUCUCGAAAAGGCUGGGCUACUUCUUCCUAGGAGAUUCUUUACCCAGGCUUCGCAAUAUAAAAAAGUGCCUGGACGUCUUGAUGACCAUGAUGUGAUCCCUAACUUUUCCGAAAUUCCUUCUCUCCUUACUUCUAUCCGCCAUCCUAGACGGCGAGCUGUAUCUAUUGGACCCCAGUCCGAGGCAGAUGCAUACGAGACCUUGGCGUACCGUGAAAAGCGAAGACGCGAAAGCACUUCCGAGCAAGCAAAGGGCCCCGGUGGUAAACGACCCAUCGCCAUUGGACGCGCGCAAUCCAAGUUAGAAGAAUACGAGCACAUGAUGGGGACAGGCACACCACGGCAUAGCCCUGAAGCUGCCUCGAGCGGAGAGACCAGUUCCGGCGCACGGUCGUCACCAGCUGCAGAAGGCACAGAUGGCGCGGAGGGCCCAGAUGAGCAAGAUGUGUUCUCACAGAUCAUGAAACCUCGCGUGCGAUACGAUGUGGAAGUGGUCACCAAGCUGAUCGUGUAUUCCGAUUCGUAUGUGGAUUUUGCCCGCGAGGCACUCCCUGUGUAUACAGCAAUAGACGGAAUAUUAAAAAGCGAGACGACUGGAAAUGGCAUCUUUCUCGAUCGGACUGCGUCACUGCCCCGGGACGUUCCUUCCCAGGCUCAGCCCUACCAGGAGACUGCCGCACGAUUGCGGAGACGACGUCGGGAGUGCUGCGGCGCUAAACCCCAGCAGGCAAAGCACGCGGCCCACGUGAUCUGCUUGGCGCGCGGCGGAGGGUUGCCCGCGCUUCAGUCGCGCUUCCAAGCGGCAAGCUCCCCCUUCACCAUGCUUCUCGCGACGUAG